AUGGAUAUGACAGAAGCCAGGCAUGCCUUGAAUGCGAAUGACAAAGAUGAUUAUUUUUAUUGUGGUAUCAAACCCACGAAGUUUUGUGGUAAAGUCAAGCAUGAGCUUAAAGCUCACAACCAUUGGAGGGACCUCACAGUUCCCCCGGACAUGACACAAGUAGUUCUGACCAUAAAGGAACUAUUGAAGCAUGACCUAUACCAUGCUGACAAGUCAGACAAGGAUUCGGAUUCAGACAGUGACAGAUCAUCUGGAGAUUCUUCAGAUGACAAAGGGGACUCCGAUAAGGAUACCUCCUCAGAUGAGUCUUUGGAUUCCGAAGAAGACCAACUGGCUCCGUGCCAUAAAAGUUCUAAGUUGUCUAAGAAAAUGAAAUCCCAUAAGAAAGCCAAGCAUGGGUCUUCUGAAACCCACAAAGAAGUUGGGGUAGCCACGGUGCCCAAGCCUGAACCCAAACAAGAGACUGCAGACCAUGUUCAGAAGGCCAAUGUGGAUGAUUUGGCCGAUAGACUUAGCAAACUCAGUAUCAACGUUGCCAGAUUAAUGGAAAAACCCAAGUAUGGCCAAUAUAAUACUGGACGGUGCUUCAUGUGCCUCUCUGAAGGUCAUGGUUUCAAAGGUUGCCCUGAGACCAAAGCAUUUGUAGUGGCCAGCAUAAUCAGAUAUGAUGCCUCAAACAGAUUAGUUAUGUCUGAUGGUAGCCCGCUUCCUCGUUCAAUGGAUGGAAGUCCAUUAGUGCAUUUAAUCCACGAAAGAGCUAAUAUGCAUAGUGCAGCCACUCUGGAGUGGAUGUGCAAUUAUGAGCUUGCCAAUAGAGAAUUUGCUACCCUUGGUGAAGGGGAAUUUGAAGUCUACCCAGCAUAUGCAUGCCCAGUGGAGUGUGGUGACAGUGAUAAGCCCAAAGCAUCCAAGUCCAAGCUGUAUGAUUGGCCACCUUCGCCAAUGAGGCAUACCAUGCUGCCAGAGGAGGUGAAUACUGUACCAGCCCCCAAUUGGGCUUAUGUUGAGAUACCCCCGCCACCCAGGAUUCUGAAGCAGCCACUGAUGCCACAGGAAGACAAGCUGAUGAUGGACAGAGAGUUCAUCCCUAGAGAAAAAGGGAAACAAAGAGCUGCUCCCUCCACAUCCCGUCCCUCUGCACCACACAGUGUGCCAAAGUCCAAUACCACACGUAAUAAAGUCACCUUCGAGGAACCUAAGAUACCAGAUUCUCCAAAGACCCCAGCAUAUAAGCAGAGGGCCCCACCAGCCUACAAGUUUGCCUCUGAGUUACAGGAGAGGUUGAACUCUGAGAAAGUUUUUGAGAAAUUAUUGUCUCAAGAAAUUUCCCUGCCAUUAGGAUUAAUCUUAGGAUCGUCUUUUGAGCUUACAGCCGAUUCCAAAAAAAUCGGCCAUUUUGAUUUCAUCAAAAGAGAUCUAGGAGGGUUCUUCCUUCCUAAAAAAGUUGGCUGA